UUUCUUUCAACCACCAAGCAAUAUAACAUCCCACUCUACGCUAGAGUUAAAAUUUCCGCAGCUGACACUUUGAAUUUCCGGUCAUUUCAAAACCCGUGAUUGAACGCAUCAAGGUUGUCUCCUAAGAUUGAUCUCGCGAUACUUGAGAAUAUCGCCGUACAUAUUCUGAAACAUCGCGAUAUCUCGGCGUGUCCAUGUCGCAGGCAAACAAAAAUGGCAGCUCGCUUUUCGUCCAUGUGCUUCGCGUGAGCCGAAACGAAUCGAUUUUGUCAGUUGAAAUCAUUGGGAUUUUUUUUUCUUUCCACCUUGUUUGAGAAGAGAAGUGAAGCUUUAAGCGUCGCGGCGAACAGAAAGACAACAUGCAACACGACGACGUGAUUUGGGACAUUAUAGGCAACAGGCAGUUCUGUUCCUACAAAGUCAAGACUAAAACUCAAAGUUUCUGUCGCAACGAGUUUAACAUCACCGGCCUGUGUAAUCGCUCGUCGUGUCCGCUGGCCAACAGUCAAUACGCCACCAUUCGGGAGGAGAAAGGGAAUUGUUUCCUCUACAUGAAGGUGAUCGAGCGAGCGGCGUUUCCUGCCAAACUGUGGGAGAAGGUGAAGCUAAGCAAGAACUACGAGAAAGCGCUGGAGCAGAUCGACGAGAACCUCAUCUACUGGCCUCGCUUCAUCCGACACAAAUGCAAGCAGCGCUUCACCAAGAUCACGCAGUACUUGAUCCGCAUGCGCAAGCUCGUCCUCAAGAGGCAGAGGAAGCUGGUUCCCUUGAGCCGCAAGGUUGAGCGUCGGGAGAAGCGCAAGGAGGAAAAAGCUCUGGGGAGGGGGGGGGGGGGGGGGGGGGGGGGGGGGGGACAAAACGGCCCCCCCCGGCAAGCGGGGUUUGAGUUGACGCCGUGGCUUUCUGCGCAGGACGUCGGCAAGAGGGAGUUUGUCGCCGACGACGAGUUGGAAGAGAGCGAUCUCAGCGACUUUGAGGACAUGAACAAUUUGAAGACGAGCAGCGACGAGGAGGAUCGGGAGCAAAGCGACGAGGAAAUGUCAACUGAGGAUGAGGAGCAGACGGAAGCGAAGAAGAGGGCACGGUCACGCGACAAAGGCAAAUCUCCCGCCAAGGGCUCGGCGGCGCGCAAGAAGCGGGCGUACGUGGCAAUCGAGUACGAGCAGGAAACGGAGCAGCCGGCCGCCAAGAGCUUCGCCGCGUAGGAGCCGCCGGCAUCUCGCCCGUCAAUCAAACGGAACUGUCACGAUCGUGGCUGCGGCACGUCGACUGACUGCACGUGUCGUCCUUGGUCGUCCAAAAGACGCUCACAAGCGCUGCCGCCCGUUGUUUGUUUUCAAGUCAUUCUUAAGACGUCAACAAAGCAAAUGUUUGCUAAUGCGACAUCAUAUGGCAAAAACCUUUGUCUCCAAUUCAAAAGAGAAACGUUGACUUUUCUGUGCAAACCAACGUAUGUCGCGAGCCAAAUGGAGCCGUAACAUUGUCGUGAUUUUUAUUUCACAUUUUCUAAAAUAAACAAGAAUGGAGAACUAAUUUUCUCGAAUGUUUCGACAUCUCAGGGUGGAAAUACUGUAGAAAUGAUCAAAUAAAUUACAAUUGACCAAUGAGAAA